CUGUGCAAAUCGUGUUUAGUAUUUAAAAAAUUUAACUGCCGUAGUGAAAUCGUUUGUAUUUCCACACACUCCACCAAGAAUUCCAUAAAUCUUCCCAUAUUUUAAAUAGGUCCACUAAACCAUAUAGUCACUUCACAAAAUAGCUGUCAACGACUUCUAAACCUUCACAUUUGCGUGUACUGCUGCAACUAGAUGCAAAGACUGACUACACGAAUCGACCCGCUUACAAUGCGCAAGCGCUAUACAACCUGAUACACUUUCUCCUUUCAUGAAAAAUAUCCGAUUCAGUCGUCCCCACAACUUUAGUGGACACUAUGACGAAUAAGUCUGCGGUAGUAGAAAAAACUUUUGAUAGUCUGAGCGAUUACAGUUUGCAGUUUAAUCGAUGGCUACUAAUAUCAAUAGGUGCCUGGCCUGCGUCCACAUCAACAUCGAGACGCGAAAGAAUCAUUUCGUUUAUUUUAAUCGCUCUCUGUUAUGGCUUUAUAUUGUUUACCGUGAUCCCUUGCAUAUUCCACUUUAUUCUGGAAGAUGAAAGUAUUCACAUGAAAUUGAAGGUGCUUGGUCCUCUCAGUCAUUGGUUUAUCGGAGGCAUCAAUUACACCAAUUUAUUGCUACGAAGCAACGAGAUUCGUGAUUGCAUACAUCACGUGCGAACUGAUUGGAAGAUAGUAACGAGACCGGAAGAUUCACAAGUGAUGAUGAAAUACGCGAGGAUUGGCCGCUUUGUCGCGGCUUUUUGUGCUACUUUCAUGCAAGGUGGCGUCUUGACAUAUUGCGUGGUGACAGCGUUCGCCACUCAAACCAUCGAGAUCGCCAACGAAACCAGAAUUAUACGCAUGUUACCCUGUGCUGCGUAUAAGAAUUUAAUUCCCGUUGAUACCAGUCCAAUGAACGAAAUUGUCCUCGCCACGCAAUUUAUAUCUGGAUUUAUUGUAAAUUCGAGCGCCGUUGCCGCCAUCAGUAUUGGUGCUGUAUUCACAGCUCACGCCUACGGCCAAUUCACUGUCCUGAUGAGAUGGAUCAACGAAUUUGUGAAUCGAUCGAAAAAUCAGAGAAAAAGUGUUGAGUUUAACGAAAUAGGUGAGAUCGUUGAACAUCAUCUCAGAAUCCUCAGUUUGAUAGCAGGUAUCGAAAACGUGUUGACACAAUUCUGUUUCAUGGAAUUGUUAAAAAGCAAGCUUGACAUAUGCAUGCUCGGAUAUUACAUUCUUACGGAAUGGGCCGAACAUGAUAUUCGAAAUCUGACUACCUAUUUCAUGAUAAUGGCGUCCAUGAGUUUCAAUAUUUUUACAGUAUGUUAUAUCGGUGAUAUAUUGACAGAACAGAGCAAAAAAUUUGGCGAUGUGGUAUAUAUGACAAAGUGGUAUUAUUUGCCUAAUAAAGACAUGUUUGAUUUGAUUCUGAUCAUCUCAAGAUCCAAUUCUGCAAUUAAAAUCACGGCUGGAAAAAUAACUCACAUGUCCAUAAAUACAUUCGGUGAUGUAAUGAAAACUGCGUUCGCCUAUUUGAAUCUGUUGCGUCAAGUGACAUGACGAUAUGCACCGCUGGUAAAACCUAUACAUAAAAUUGUAAGAUUUAAAACAUAAAAAUUUGCAAAUAUAUCGCAUGACAUUUUUGUACGAAUAUCCUCGA